AUGGAGCCUGUGGAGAAGUGUUUAAAGGAUGCUAAUAUGGACAUAAGGGAGAAGGUGAAGGCUAUCGGUAAGGGAAGAGCCUGCAUAAGACAAAGUAGGAGAAGCAGUUGUCAAGCUUCGGACACCAAUGUAGUGCCGGCCGAAGGCUCUCCGAUGCUUAAGUCAGCUGAAGUGAAAGUGGAAGGUUUGCACAAAGUUUCGAUGUGGGACUUUGUGCAAGUUGCUGUGGUGGUGACACGUGUCUUGGAGAUUAGGUUCGGCAGUCAGGAGCUUCAGAUCCCCAAGGUGCAACAGCUAUUGCAGGAUGUGUUCAAGGGGAAGGAGCUGUGCAAGGGCAUUAAUCCUGAUGAGGCUGUGGCAUAUGGUGCCGAUGUUCAUGCUGCUGUCUUGAGUGGUGGGAAUCUAACUGGGAAGCUUCAAGACUUCACUCUUUUGGAUGUCACCCCUCUCUCACUUGGUGUGCGGUGCAUGAAAACUGAUACUUUGAAGGAUUACAUGAAUUUUGUGAUUCCAAGAAACUCUAGAAUUCCUGUGAGGAAGAAAACGAAUUUAAUAACUAUUCGGGACAACCAAGUUACUGUCAGGUUCCCAAUUUAUGAGGGGGAGAGUGAAAAUUACAUGAACAAUAACUUUUUGGGUGAGUUUUACCUUGAUGGCAUUCUUCCAGCUCCCAGGGGAGUUCCUAAAUUUGAUGUUUGCUUUGAUAUUGAUUCCAACGGUAUCCUGAGUGUAUCUGCUGAGGACACGUCCACCUGCCAAAAGAAAGGCAUUACAAUCAACAGUGAUAGAAGAACCUGUGAAGGAAUUGAGCCAGCGAUGUAA